AUGUAUGUUAAGUGCUGUAAUUGCAUAGAUACGCGUAAAGUGUUUGACAAAAUGACAAAACCAGACGUCUCUUCACCAUGCACUGGCUCUGUUUCAGCAAAUGCAACAAACAGGGUGUGUACAAAUGGUGUUGUUGACCUGGCUUUGAGUUUUUUCAAAGAAAUACCUCAACGAGAUGUCAUCUCAUUGAAUGCCAUGGUUGCGGGUUACGCGCGAGAUGGAUUUGUUGAAAAGGCCUUGGAGAGGUUUAAUCAAACUCGACUGGGUAUGGACAUUCAUCAAAGCAUAAUCGAAAGCGAAUUAAUGUCAGAUGUUGUAGUUGUAAGUGCCCUGGUAGAUAUGUAUGCAAGAUGUAGCAUACAGAAGGUUCCUGAACUUUUUGACAAAAUAGCUCAAGGAAAUGUGAUCUCAUGGAAUGCUAUGACUGCAGGAUAUGCACAAAACGGAUUUUUCCAGGAUGCUCUUAAACUAUUUGACCUGAUAAAGCGAUCUGGAAUGCACCCUGAUCAUCCAUCUCAUCCUUAUUCCCACAAAUUCUACUUCCAUGCUGUCUGUCGUGUUCUUGGGGGAGAAUUCUUUAGAACUACCCACCGCUAUAGAGUCAAUACAGACAUUCCUGCCUUUUUUCUUGCCAUGAUCCUCACGAAUGAGGAUUGGGUGAUGGACUACAAAUUUAUGGAGAGUUUAAACGUCAAGAAUGAGGUGGAAACAUCAUCAAGCUCAAGUGAUAAUGAUGGUGACCAAGUCCGUGAAGUGGAGUUUGCAACGGUGGCUUCCCCCUUUGCCGGCUUUGUGGCAUUCUCUCCGGCUUCCUCCUCUCGUUAG